AUGGUAACCACAUCCAAGACCCAAGCGCCCAUCACCAGCAGCAACAAAAAUAGCAAUAACAAUGAUUGCAGUUUCAUAGAUGAUGCUUCGCCUAUUGCUACGACGCAGACCGCCGACUGCCAAAAGGGCAAGAAUAAGCUUCUCGCUCAGUUCACCACCGCAAGACCAGGCAGUCCUCCUCGAAUCAUUCAUGACCUCCUUCAUGCAACUUUUUCUGACAAUGCCUCCCCAGAAUGCUAUAUUGACGAGGCUGUUGACAUCACCAAGGCCGAAGAGACUAGGCGAUCGAAAAGACAGUCAUCUCUGCGACGAAAGGAGGGUUCUUCGAUUUCGGAACGAUCUGUCAAGGAACUAUUGCACGACAACAGUGACCGUUUGUCAUCAUUGCUUAUGCAAUCAAGAAGCAGUAAAGUUACGUUAUGCGACGGGUUUCUCAGCGGUGAUGAUGACAGUGACUUGGAGGAUGAAUGA